AAUUAUGCCCUAUAAUAAUAUUUAUUUUCGAUAACACUUAGAAAGUUUUUCUUCUAAUAUUCUUAAGUUCUCGUUUAUCAUCUAAUCUAAUUUGUAGAUUAACUCAAUUCCAACUCAAUUAACCAUUGACGAGAACCUAAUCACUAUCGAGAGCACACUAGGUAAGAGCAAAUGCGAGAACGGUAUAAUUUUAGCCCUCAUGCCUCAUGGGACAGACGCUAGCGCAGCGUGGAAUGAUCUCACGCCGUAGCGAGAUCAAUACUACUGCGCUGCGUGUGAGCACUCGCGGAUGUUCACCACGGAUGUCUGUGUCUCUUAGGUACACCUACUAUCCGGUGCGGCCAACGAAACCUGCUCGCACGAUGGACACUCAUCGCUUCAGUCCAGAUGCUUCCGAGACGGUGAAACCCCGCACGCACAUCGUGUGUGUUGUCAGUACGGACCGGGAUUUGAAAGCGUUUGCAAGCGGCCACACACCGGUCGUGAUCGUCGACCGAUCGGUGUGAGAUUUGUUUUUUUUUUAACUGCGAAACACACACGCAGACGCGUGGUUUUUUUUUAGGUACGAGUGCGAGUUUUUAAGUGCAGUUUUGUUUUCAUUCCGUUCCGUACGUUACGGUGUGUACAAUUUUUGUCAUACAAUUACUCAUUACCUUUGUCCGGCACGUGCUCGAUGUUCGAUGCUUCUUUGUCGCUUUUUGGCUAGUAAAUGGUUCUUGUUUGCAGUAACUCAUAUCAGUAGCGGAUUGGAAAGAAAUGUGUAGUUGCUUAUCCACAUACUUCACCGUGAUGAAGAGAAAAAAAAACCCGAACCGUCAUGCAGGGUACGCGAUUGUACAGUUCGUCAUAAUUUAUGUUGUUAUAAAGUCUGUGUCUCAGCGCAAUCUGGUCAGCAUCCGAUGAUCUCGGGUACGGUGAAGCUGUGAAUCUAAUUUGAGUCCCGUGGUCACUCAGCUGUGAUUUUGCGUGUGCGUGAUAUCGUGCUCAGGAGUGGCAAGCGUUUGUUUUGUGCCAUCGAGUGGUGGAAACAACGAUCGAGUGUGGCUAAGUGUGCGUACGAUUCGAUGGUGUGACCGUGGGGGGUUUGGUUCGAUCGUGCGAAGGAUCGUGGUGUGCAGGGUGAAGUGAAACAAACGGCCAGAAUGCAGCUUGUGAAUCGUGGCCAUCGAAGCAGCAGCACGGUCAGUGCCGAUGGGCACCAGUUGCCAUCAACGACCGCGACGGACAUUGCACUGAUGCGAUGGUCUUCGCGCGGAUUCACGGCCAUCCCGGUUGAGCCGGACGAUAUGGCGUCCGGCAGCAGCUCCUCGACCGUAGAUUCACUCGUCGCCACCUCUCACAAUGGGUCCGCACCGGUUGGUGUAACGGCCAGUGCUCCACCGGCCGGUGGGCCGCGGCAAAUCGACUACCUGACGCUAGACACCGCGACCGGUGUGUGCGAAAGUGGUGGUAUGGCAACGGACGGCAAUCGGUGGCAACGGAUGAUGCCCCAGCUGGCCCAUCACAAAGGGCAACGGCGAACGAAACAGCAUCGCCCUGGCAAUGCUACGUCAUCUUCGGCCUCCGCCUCGAUACAGCCGUCCACCGCGUCGUCUACCUCCUGUCUGCGCGACUGUCUGCUGUGCCGAUGCUGUCGAAGUGGUGCGAACAUGGACGAGCAGAAGGAAGCCAGCGAUCAGGAGGAAGGCAACUAUGAGUACUGUGAGCUGGAGGAGAUCGUGUCCCCGCCGAAGUACCGACCGGAAUCGAUAGCUGCACUGUGCGAGGCGACCCGUUUUACCGAAGCAGAAAUCAAGCGGAUCUACCGUGGCUUCAAGGCAGAAUGUCCGGCCGGCAUCAUACGGGAGGAAACGUUCAAGUUCAUCUAUUCACAGUUCUUCCCACAAGGAGCCAAUACAGGUUUAUAUGCACACUACGUGUUCAACACUUUAGACAAGGAGCAUACAGGCAUACUUAGCUUCGAGAACUUUGUCCAAGGGCUAUCGAUACUAUCGCGAGGCACGCUAGAGGAGAAACUCUGCUGGACCUUCUCGCUGUACGACAUUAACCACGACGGAAAGAUAACGCGCGAAGAAAUGACGGACAUCGUGACGGCCAUCUACGAGCUGAUGGGUGCCCGGGAUGAUGGUGGUACCGAUGAGGUUAACAUUAAAAGCAAGGUGGACACAAUUUUCCAGAAGAUGGAUACCAAUCAGGACGGUGUGAUCACGAUCGAAGAGUUUCUCGACUGUUGCCGGAAGGAUCAGCUUAUCUCAAGCUCGAUGGGUGUGUUCGAUUCGACCAUAUGACCGCUGGAAAAACUUCACACGCUGCCAGAUUAUGUGCUCGAGCGGGGUAGCAACGGGGCGGGGUAUGAGGACGAUUCGGACCAAGAACCGAAGGGUGACGAAAGCAACGAAAACUCAAACGAGAGUAGUUUGCAAACGGCAAGUAAGUAGCACUUGUGAAGAGUUGCAUAUUGGACAGUUGAAUAGCAAGAGAAACCACUUAAAAUGACUGUUUGGAAGAAGAAAUGGUUUUUGAUUGUACAUUUAUAAUACAGCGUGUAGUGUUUUAAUGGUAAUAAAUAAAAACAGGUUCUGUUGUGUAGGAA